AUGAGCGACGCUCAAGCGAACGAGGCCGAGAGGAACAUUGAGAUCUGGAAGGUCAAGAAGCUCAUCAAGCGCCUCGAGGCCGCCAGAGGAAAUGGCACGUCCAUGAUUUCCCUCAUUAUCCCUCCCAAGGAUCAGGUGUCGCGAGCGGCAAAGAUGUUGGCUGAAGAAUAUGGUACGGCCUCCAACAUCAAGUCUCGUGUCAACCGACAGUCGGUCCUCUCCGCCAUUACCUCGACCCAGCAGCGCCUCAAGCUCUACAACAAGGUGCCCCCCAACGGCCUGGUCAUCUACUGUGGUGAAAUCUUGACCCAGGAGGGCAAGGAGCGAAAGGUCAACAUCGACUUCGAGCCGUUCAAGCCGAUCAACACGUCGCUGUACCUGUGCGACAACAAGUUCCACACCGAGGCUCUUGCGGAGCUGCUCGAGUCGGACCAGAAGUUUGGUUUCAUCAUCAUGGACGGUAACGGCGCGCUCUUUGGAACCCUCAGCGGCAACACCCGCGACAUCGUCCACAAGUUCUCCGUCGACCUUCCCAAGAAGCACGGCCGUGGUGGUCAGUCCGCUCUGCGUUUCGCUCGUCUUCGAGAGGAGAAGCGCCACAACUACGUCCGCAAGGUUGCCGAACUGGCGGUCCAGAACUUCAUCACCAACGACAAGGUCAACGUGGCUGGCCUCAUCCUCGCUGGUUCCGCCGACUUCAAGAACGACCUCAACGCUUCCGACAUGUUCGACAACCGCCUGGCGACCAAGGUUAUCAAGGUGGUUGACGUGUCGUAUGGUGGCGAGAACGGCUUCAACCAAGCCAUUGAGCUGUCCUCGGAGACGCUCGGUAACGUCAAGUUCAUCCAGGAGAAGAAGCUCAUUGGCAAGUACUUCGAAGAGAUCAGCCAGGACACCGGCAAGGUCUGCUACGGAAUCGAAGACACCCUCAAGGCUCUGGAGCUCGGUGCCGUCGAGACGCUCAUUGUGUUCGAGAACCUGGAAAUCACGCGCUGGACCCUCAAGGACAGCGAGGGCAGGGAAAUUAUUCUGCACACGACCAAGCAGCAGGAGCAGAACCGCGACCAGUUCCUGGACAAGCAGACUGGCCAGGAGAUGGACAUUGUUGCCCAGGAAUCGUUCCUCGAGUGGAUCGCGGAACACUACAAGGACUUUGGUACCGCCCUCGAGUUUGUUUCCGACCGAUCUACCGAAGGCAACCAGUUCGUCAAGGGCUUUGGCGGUAUCGGAGGCAUUCUCCGCUACAAGGUCAACUUUGAGCAGUUGAAUGAUCUGGAGGACGAUGACGAUGACUACUACGACGCGGAUUCCCUCGUUAACAGCGAGGGACCUGCUCAAGUCCAACCGUCCGUGCUCGACGAAGAAGACGAGCGGCGCGGCUCGUCGAGGGCGACGGAAGCCGCGCCCAUGUCCUUCGCUGAAAAGCGCUUGAAGCGAAGGGCCGAGGCCGAGUCCCGCACCAAGGGCCACGAGGCGUCCCGUCCAAGCCCACUUCGCUCAAUGAUGACGGCCACUUGA